UCUCCGCUCCUGUCCCAGCUUGUUGCCGCUCUGUCCCUUGCAGCUUGAUCGUCUCUUCACCCCCAAGAAAGUGGUGCUGGAUAUUACCUGGGCUUGUUGAUAUUGGCCUUUGUGUCUCGCCGGGUUGGAGAUUCUCAUUUGCGCAGGACGUCUUGAACCAGCUGCGUGAAGGCUAUAUGCCACGAGACAAAGGCUAUUUUUAGCUCCAACAUUCCGGGAACUUCGUUUAUAGCUAUCGGCAUCUCAUCCUCCCUUCAUCGAGACAAGACUACCAUCCACCGUUGUUGACCAUGGGUCCUCUUCGACUUCGCAUCGAUGGUAAGACCUUCAAGGAUCCGCAGAAUCGAGAAAUUACCUUGAGGGGAAUCAAUGUGGCCGGUGAAUCAAAAUACCCGAAGAACCCCGAUGUCCCUUCCUACGUUCCCGAUAAGUUCUUCGACACCGACAAUGUUUCGUUCAUCGGUCGACCCUUCUCCCUUGACGAGGCGCAUACACAUUUUGGACGACUGCGGAAAUGGGGUUACAACACGAUAAGGUACAUAUUCACGUGGGAAGCUAUCGAACAUGCUGGGCCUGGGAAGUAUGACGACGACUGGAUUGUGUUUACUAUCGAAGUCCUUCGUGUCGCAAAGCAGUACCAGUUCUACGUGUUUAUGGACCCUCAUCAGGAUGUGUGGUCAAGACUCUCGGGAGGAUCUGGUGCUCCGGGCUGGACACUGUACGCAGCCGGAUUCAAUCCCCGGACAUUCAAGAAGACCGAAGCCGCCCUAGUUCAGAAUACCUACGACAACCCAGAGGAAUUCCCCAAGAUGAUCUGGAGUACGAACUAUACCCGUCUGGUCUGUCAGACCAUCUUUACUUUGUUCUGGGCUGGACGUGAUUUCGCACCCAAGGCGAUCAUCGACGGCGUCAAUAUCCAGAACUACCUUCAAGGCCAUUUUAUCGCUGCUUGCAAAUACCUGGCACAGAAGAUUCACGACGCCGGUGAUAUCGAGAACGAUGUGGUCAUUGGAUGGGAAAGUAUGAACGAACCUCACCGAGGACUCAUUGGUCUUCAGGAUAUCUCUGUCGUUCCAGCGGAUCAGCAGUUGCAGUUAGGUACAUCUCCAUCGCCAUUCCAGGCAAUCCUAACUGGAUCGGGUCGAGCUUGCGAAGAGACUACUUGGGCCUUUGGCGGCUUCGGUCCUCAUCAGACAGGUAGGGCACUUGUGGACCCAGAGGGUGUUUCUGCGUGGCUUCCUGCAAGUUACGAUGACAGUAAAUAUGGUUGGACCAGAGACCCCGGUUGGAAAUUGGGUGAAUGCCUGUGGGCUCAACAUGGAGUCUGGGACCCAUCAUCAGACCAGUUACUGCGGAAAGAUUAUUUUGGUAGCCACCCCAAAACUGGAGAACCCCUGGACUACGACAAAUUCACCAACUCCUACUUCCUGGAGCAUUACAGGGCAUACAAAGAUGCCAUUAGAAGCGUAUGGCCCGAGUCGAUCAUGCUUUGCCAGCCUCCCGUCAUGGAAAUACCUCCCGAUUUGAAGGGAACAUUUGACGAUGAUCCCAACAUGGUCCACGCUGUACAUUACUACGAUGGACUCACUUUGUUGACAAAGCAUUGGAACCGCCUGUACAAUGUAGACGUGAUCGGCGUGCUUCGGGGCAAAUAUCUUACGCCGGCUUUCGGUGUAAAGAUUGGAGAGACCGCUAUCCGAAAUUGCUUGCGCGAUCAGUUGAAAUUCCUUAGAGACGAGAGUUUGCGUUACAUGGGGAACCAUCCCAUGAUAUUCACUGAGAUCGGAAUUCCAUACGACAUGGAUGACAAGUACGCAUACAGGACUGGAGACUACGGCAGCCAGAUCAGUGCGAUGGACGCCAAUCAUUUUGCUAUUGAAGGCAGCACGGCUAACGGCUUUACUUUAUGGCUCUACACCACUCAGAACAACCACGAAUGGGGUGACAACUGGAAUGGUGAAGAUCUGUCGAUUUUCUCCAUUGACGACCCAGAGUUGCCAAAUGGGAAGAACUUGGUUCUUGAAACCGAGCCAUUGUCAGAUCCUCGGUCUCCAGCUUACUCGGAAAGCCAGAGCAACAUCGAAACUCAACACGUCGGACCUGGGAAUCUGAAAGACGCUAUUCGGUCCCCGUCUAUAUCAACAGAACAUUCUCAGCUCAUCAAGGACAACGUCGGAUUUCGUGCUGCAGAGGCGUAUAUACGUCCAAGUCCAAUUGUGACGAAUGGCAUUGUCACAAAAUACGGGUUUGAUCUAUGCAGCUGCACUUUUACCAUGUCUCUGACCGCGAAUGGAAACUCUGCUGAAGAUCGAACGCCCACCGAGAUAUAUCUCCCUAACUUCCAUUUUCCCGAACAACACCCUGUGGUCUCGGUUAGCAGCGGGGAAUGGACCAUCGACUACGAGGAAAUCAGCUCCUUGAAAAUACAGCGGCUUCGAUGGUGGCAUCCAGCCGGUGAACAGGACAUCAAAGUCCAGGGAAUCAAACGUAAACCUGGCGAACUAGGUAGCGUCUCCAGUGAGGAUGUGACCUAUCUUGAGCAGUGUCAGAGUGGAGGUUGUUCUGUCAUGUAAAUCGGUCACGAAUUGAUAUGAAAUUAUUAGCUUACUGGCGCGUUUCGGGUUCGGACAUCUAUCACCCUCUAUCGCAAGAUUUCUUUUGUUUCCCCUUUUCUUACCUUACUGAGCUUUUGAUUAUCAAAGGCAAAUAAUACGCUCCAUAAACAGUCAUGUCCAGAAUAUUAUUGUCAAUACCAC